UCAUCAUCAUCAUCACCAACACGGAAGCAGCGGAGCGCGGGGGGCCGGAGAGGACAGGCAGACAGACAGAGGGACAGACAGGAAGCUGGACAGGCGGACAGGCAGCAGGACAGGCGGACACACGCCCCGGGUCUCGGGGAGCAGCGGGACGCGUCCACGGCAGCAUCCACGGCAGCAUCAUGGCGCUGAUCCCCGCGCAGGUCCUGCGGGUCGCCAUCCUGCUGUCCUACUUCUCCAUCCUGUGCCACUACAAGGCGCUGGACAUGCCGGCGCACCAGACCUACGGAGGCAGCUGGAAGUUCCUCACCUUCAUCGACCUGGUGAUUCAGGCCGUGUUCUUCGGGCUGUGCGUCCUGAUCGACGUGUCCAGUCUCCUGACCAAAGGAGCCGACAGCCGGGAGCAGGAGCGCCAGCUGAAGAAGCUGAUCGGCCUGAGGGACUGGAUGAUGGCGGUGCUGGCGUUCCCCGUUGGAGCGUUUGUCGUGUUCACAUUCUGGACCCUCUACCUCUACGACCGAGAGCUGGUCUACCCUAAGCUGCUGGAUAACUUCAUUCCUCAGUGGCUCAACCACGGCAUGCACACCACCGUUCUUCCCUUUAUCAUCAUCGAGAUGCGGACCACCCACCACAGCUACCCCCGCCGGUCCUGGGGGCUGGCCGCCGUCUGCCUGUUCGGCGUCGGAUACAUUCUCUGGACGUGUUGGGUCCACCAGGUGACCGGUGUCUGGGUUUACCCGGUCCUUGAACGCAUCGCGCCACUGGCUCGGGUCGCUUUCUUCAGCACCAUGACGGCCGUGAUCUGCAUCAUGUACGUCCUGGGAGAGAUCCUCAAUGGAUACAUCUGGGACCACACACACACAGAAAAGGUCAAAGGUGAGUGACCUCCUCUGCCUCCAUAGCCGCUUUGCGGACCUCGCUGAAGCCAGAACUUCGCUGGACCGGCAGCAGACCAGCUGAGGAGCAGAACCAGUAAUCAUCAGUGAACCUUUGACGAUGAAUCCUCUGUUGUUGUUUUUGUGUCUUUGUGUCGUUUUGCUCUGAAUGUUCGGCUGCAUGAGUUCUGGAAGGAAACCCAAACGGCUUCUCACCAGCCGGAGCCAACGAUUCCUGCACAACAAAUCAGCCUCCAUCUCAUCGUCACACUGCAUUUCUGGACGAUACUUGUGGUUGUUUUAAGGUGCAAAUAAAGCUUGAACUAAUCUGCA